UUUUUUUUGUAUUCAUCAAUUUUACAGGAAUUUGAUUGUGUUGAUAUAUACAAACAACCCGCUUUUCAACAUCCACUGUUGAAACACCACAAGAUUCCGGAAAAAUUCACUUCAAAUGAAAGUUUUGAUAGAAAAAAUAAAUAUAAAACAAAUGAUCAAAGUUGUCCAAAAGGAACCGUGGAAAUCUUAAGACAAAGAAGUGAAACUGAGAGCCUUCAUCUCGACACAGUCGAUCAAUUCGGCCACCAUUUUGCGGCAAUGGACGCAUUUGCGGAUGAAAGCAACUAUCGAGGAGCACAAGCAGAUAUAAGUAUUCAUAACCUAACUUUACAAAAUAACCAAUACAGUAAAAGUCAAAUUUGGUUAGAGAAUGGACCUCCUGGCGAACUUGGCUGGGCAGUGCAUCCAAGAGUGUACGGAGACAGUGCCACCCGAUUGACUAUAUAUUGGACCGGAGAUGGCUAUAAAACUGGAUGCUAUAAUACAGAAUGUCCUGGAUUUAUUAUUAUUACUCGAAAACCCUCGGUUGGAAGCAUUUUUAAACAAUCCUCUGUGUAUGGUGACAAGCCAGUAACUUUCACACCACAAGUUGUUCAGGGCUUUGGAAACUGGGCACUGACAAUAGACGACGAAAUAAUUGGAUAUUGGCCCGGAGAGCUAUUUACACACUUGAACAAAGGAGCUUCUCGGGUGCGUUUUGGAGGAAACACAUUUAUAUCUCCAGAUGGGAUUAGUCCUCCAAUGGGAAAUGGUUAUUUUCCGAUCGAUGACUAUUCAAGGUGUUCGAAUUUUCAUGUGAAACUUACGAAUGAUAAGUAUCAGAGCAUCGAAGCUGAACCAACAAUAGGGAUUGCAGAUUCUUAUUGUUUUAAGCUAAUAGAUCGGGAUUACACCAAUGAGACUGGAAAGUCCUUUUCUUUUGGAGGACCAGGUGGAAGUUGUGGUGUUUGAUUAUAUUAUAUAUGUUCUGACCAAGACUAUCAAACUUACAAAAGAAAUAUGAACUAUUUUCAAUACUUCAAAUCACUUCUAUGUUUCAUGUUUUAAAUGAGAGUCAAUACAAAACAAACAUGAGAUAUUGAAGUUACAGAUAUAAUUGCAUUUAAAAGAAGAAAGAAGCAUCACAAAUGAAACAUAGAUAACAAAAGAGAAAAUGACAGAACAAUCUUAUUUAGUUUUCCUUUUGUCUAGAAAACACUCUGCGCUAACUGUAUAUUAAGUAUUAACGUUAUGCAGUCAUCAAAUCAGAAUCAAACAAAAAAAACAAAGUAUAAAGUUUAAAUUAACAAUUUUAUGUUGCUGCUCCUUUGGUUUGUUCACAUUUCCUAUCAAAACUUCUUGAAUACAAAAGAACCAAGCUUAAGUUUCCCAUUGGAAUGUUCCGGUACAGAUAUGAAACGACAUUGAAGCAUAAUAAUAUUUUUGGUGUCAAAGGAAAUGAUAUUUAGUAACUGAUUUUUUUAAACAAAUUGGUCAAGAAUGACAUUGGCUUUUGCAGAAUGUAAAACCAUAUAAACUUUAAACACGAAAAUGUAGAGUUAUGACUAUAUUUCUCUCUGGAAAAUCAAAUAAAAUAUAAAACUACACGAAAAUAUAUAAACAAAACAACCAAACAUUAAAAACAAUAAAUUAACAAAAUGGUCAAAACUGAAAAUUUAAAAUCCAAAAAUAUAAAUUAGUCUUCUAUCAAUUUUAUGUAAUUAAAAGAACAAUUUUAAGGUAUAGUAUUCAAAAGUCAAAGCUAUAACUAUUUAAAAGUUGAAGCUACAAACUAUUGAAAAUGUUCACACGAAAUUUAUAACCAUCAAUCAUAAUAUGCAAAAUCCCUAUUUUAAUUUAUUAAUUUUUUAAAUGUCAAGAAAUCCUGAAAUGAUUAGAAAUGGAAAUAAAUAUAAAAUAACGUAAACUCACAAAAAAAUAAUUCUUGCUAUCCAUACAAAAUAUUUGGAACUCCUACAUAAAAAUAACUAAAAUAUUUCUUAAAACUAUUUUUGUCUUUUAAAUCCAGUUUUCAAAGAAUUAAUUAAAAAUAUAUUAAAAAUAAAAAAUAAAGUUGAGGUUAUAUGACAUGAGAAAUUUCACACAUAACUAAAAAAUAAAAUUAUGCCAAAUCAGCAUUUAAUUUUAUUAAAUUUUCCAAAAAUAUUUAUUUCAAAAAAAAAGUAAUAUCAAACAAGGUAAACUAAAAAAAGAAAUUAAUAUAAAUAAGACAGAAUAACAAACUAUAAAUCUUUAAAAGAAAUUAAAUUGAUUUAUAUACUAAAUAUUUGGAAAAUGAACAUAAAAUAUGUCUUAAAAUGCAGGAUUUUAUAUAAUGCAAGACUUUGAAAGAAUAUCACUAUAUGAACAUAAAUUAUCUAACAAUUAACUUUACAUGUGUGCUAACUCAUUAAAAAGUAACAUUAAAAUAGUUUAACAAAACAUAAAUAUUAUGUCCAAAAUUUUUCUUAUAUGAUAGGUGAUACAAGAAUCACAUCUUUAAAACAUCAAUAAAAAUAUUAAAUUAACAAAACUAAAAAGUAAAAAAAAAAAA